GGAGGGACAGCCGUCAUCAGCAGGGCUCAGAGUGAGUGUCAGUCCGCUGAGCAGAGCACGGUGGCAGAGCACAGCAGCUGGACAGGGAGUUGCUGCUGGGCUUUGGCCGGGACAAUCAGAGGAGCCAAAUCACUUGGAUCCCACAGCUGACUCCUGAAGGUGUAGAUAUGUUCGACAACUCUCACUACCCCUUCAACUGUUUUAACUACGAUGGAGACGGAUACCCUUCUUCUAGCACUGAUGAAGAGAAGAAAAUGUGUAGACCUGCGUACAGCUACAUCGCUCUGAUAGCCAUGGCUAUCCAGCAGAGCCCCGAGCAGCGGGUCACUCUAUCGGGCAUCUACGAGUUCAUCAUGAAGAGAUUUCCUUACUACAGAUCAAACCAGAGAGCGUGGCAGAACUCCAUCAGACACAACCUGUCUCUCAACAGCUGCUUCAUCAAGGUUCCUCGGACAGAGGGCAACGAGAAAGGAAAGGGAAACUACUGGACUUUUGCCACAGGCUGUGAAUCCAUGCUUGACCUGUUUGAAAACGGCAACUUUCGGCGCCGCCGACGCAGGAGGAACAUCAAAAUGGGUCUACGUGAUUCAGGGGAAACCCCUUUCCAUCCAUUGGAGAGCCACAGCAAUCAACACGUGCCUGCAGCUCAGCGCACUGAGCCCAACUCCAUGCUCUGCCCUUUGAACCCUGACAGGCCACGGUCAAGACCCCCGCAAAAUCCCCUCAUUCCUAACUCCACCCAGCAGGGAAAAUCAGAGUCAGAAAUCAAGUUUAGCAUUGACUACAUUCUAUCCACCCCGAAUCCACCCCUGCCUGGGUUCAGAUCCUCCCAAGGGCCGAUACAUAUAGGGCCUACAGGGCCACCUAUACAUGUUCUGGAGCCCCAACAUCUGAACCUGCACUUCUGGACUCUGUGAACCAGUGAGUGCAACAAAAAGAAGAGACUGAAUUUCUUCCUUCAUGAGCAUUUGUGUCCAAACAUGGGAAAUAUCAUCCAAAGAUGAGAAAU